GGGCCGUGUACUGUGCACCGGUGCAGCAUGAAGAACGAGCACGCGGGGGAAAGCAAGGGUCCGCCCAGUAGGUUCGCGAUGCUCGUGAACGUCUUGACGCACGUCCUGCUGCUCGCCCCGGUGAUCUACAUCGUCGAGCUCGGCUUCGAGAACUACAGCCUGUUCUCCUGGCACCCGAUCUGCAUGGCACUGGGAGCCGGGCUUCUGAUCGUCGAGGGCGUCUACGCGAUCUCGGGCGAGGUGUACGCGACGCGCAAGGUGGCGCGCAAAAAACGCGUGACCCUCCACUGGAUCCUCCACCUGAUCGGUCUGCUGCUAAUGACGGCCGGCUUCGUCGUGAUAGUCGUCAACAAGAACAUCCACGGCAAGUCUCACUUUGUCACGCUACACGGUAUCCUCGGCCUCGUGACUUUCGUCCUCGUCUGGGCGAUCGCGGGCUUCGGCGUUCUCACGAACAACGCCCAGUGGGUGUACCCGCGCGUCCGGCCCGUCCUGCUCAAGGUCGUGCACGGCUUCGCGGGGAUCGGCAUGACGGUACUGCUGCUGGUUACCCUCGUCAAUGGCACCUUCAACAACUGGUGGGACCACAUCGGGGCGUCGGUCACGGGCCGUGCCCUGGCCCUGGCUGCCUUUGCCGUUGCCGCGGUCAUCGUUCUCGUCAAGCCCGUCAUCGGGGCCGUCGCCAGGACUCGGGUCCUCAUGAAGAAACCAUCUCCGUCCACCCAACUGCAGACCAACAGCUCGUAACGCGUCGCGCCCACAUACAUCAUGUACAUUCGCCGACUUUACUUGCUUCGCUGGAGUGACAUCUCAGUUUGUACUGUAUAUAUAUACAUGGUUGGGACUUUCGCAGCGGUUGGCGAAACGGUUACGGUGGUACCCUCGGAUGGAAGUCCCGUGUGGGAGAGCUCGAGAGAUGAAAUAUGGGGAAAAGAGAAAGCGUUUCCAAAGAUACAUAAAUAUGUGUGUACGUUAAGCAAUUUAGCGCGUCGUAUAUUUUUUUUUCUCUUGCAUUUGCUGCUUGUGCCCGAUCGUUGUGACGCGUCUUGAUGCCUACAUAUAAUAUAUAUAUGCUCAAGGGGAUAAAGAGUCGUUGCAAAAUUAUCGGUAUUCGUGAUGAUGAUACUUUUUUCUCUCGCACGCCAAUGUUUGUUUUCUCUUCGCGCGGUGUACUUUACUUUUUUAAACUUUACUCGACAAAAUAUUUUUAUAACUAUAUGUGUCUUUGUGAUACUUGCAACAAUGGUAUACUUAAUACAUGUACGUGUAUUACCUUCGAGUGAAAACUUUUUUGCCAAGUUAACGUUGCACGAGGUACUUUUUUGUAGCACGUCAUUUGAAACUGCAUCCUUAUAUAUGUGUGUCAGAUGAUUUUUAUGACAAAAUUACGGAAUAAUAAAACCGUGAGGUAUUUCACGCUCGCGCACGUGCCGUUAAUCAUCAUCGCUUAUUUAGCACCAGCUUAAUUGACGAAUAAAAAAAAAAAAAAAGAGAGUCUCGGUCAAGUGUGUGCGAGUCACUUGAAUGUGCAUUGCCGUCAUUUUUAACUUUUUCGCAUUUCAUGAGCAUAAACAAAUUAGUGUUACUUAUAUAUAUAGGCUAAGCGAUGUAUGUAAUAAAUCGAGCCGACAAACCAUAUAUCAACACUUUAUUAAUCUUACACGCAUCAUAUACAUAUACACAUAAUAUAAUGUAUAUCAUCGUACUAUGUAUCUUCAAAAUAGAACAUUAAAGUUUUUUUUCUUUUUCUUUUUUGCUUCUUUUUUUUUUUCUUUUUUUUCUUUCAUCAAUAUCUUAAAUUAAGUAUACAUCUGCUUUUUUUUGUUUUACACUUACAAGAAUAAUUUUCUUACCGCGACAAAACUUUGUUCUUCGUCUUGACAUUAUGUAACAACUUGUAUACACCUAUUUUUAUUUUUAUACAUAUUUGCAUCUAUAUUUUUAUAUGUAAAAACCGCGAUGUUCACAAUAAACAACUUUUUGAGACAUAAUAAUUUAAUUUGGGUCCGAUUCAUUUCAAAACGUUUUUCCCGGUAUUUACCAAGCGACAACAGACAUAGACAAUGUUUUCAAGCCAAAUGACUUUGGCCAACAAUCAAUUCUUGUCAUUACUCUACGAAAACAAAAAAUGUACAGAUUGUUAUGUUUUUCUAUACAUCACAUCACAAUUCUGUUGGUACCUAAUUUAUUUUCGGCUUUUAUAUUUUACACUUAAUCUACAUAAAGAUUUACUCCGCUCGUCUUUACAUAAUUUUUCUAUUGUUUAUCAAACAUUUGACGACUGCCAUGAAUUACAGCGCUUUUUGAGACUUUAAUACUUUUUCUUACGUGAGUUACAUUUGAGGGACAACAAAUGAAUAUUCACGAUGCAUCACUGAUGUAAAGGUAUCAAACAUUUUUCUAAAACUUUCCAAGGACGCACAAAAAUUUCGAGACGCAGUAUAGGAAUUAUAAGUUUAUCCAUAGCAUAUAAAGCACAUUUUCUCCCUCACCAUUCAUUCGCAAUAUUUACGUACGAGACUUGAAAAUUAAUUUACAACGUAUACAUACUCUGGUUAGCUCUCGGAGUAACAUUUUACCACAAAACGAAGAAAAAUUUUUGACCAGCCAGUGUUUCAUGGAUUUACAAUAAACUUUACCUGUCGAUUUCAAACAUUUCGUUAAUUCUACCAUCUCUAACUGUGUGUGUAUAUUCAGGUGAAGUUUCACUCCGAAGAACGUGACAGUAGUACGCGUUUCGCGUUUUCACUUUAAAAUUACUUGCGCCUGUUUAUUGUGCUGCAAACAAAACGGAUGUCAUAGAAUCAGACAUAUCUCAAUAAUUGAACUUAACGUUACUUCCCGUAAAAUCCUUUGCUCGUACAUCAUUUAGGACACAUUACUUUGUACUGUCUGCUCUAUUAUUUGUUAGCUCAUUAAAUAAGCUCAGAGCACUUGGCCGCAAGUGGACCAGUCACCAUCGCUCAAGUUUAUUUUUCAUUUAGUUUAAUUUUUGUUUUUUUUUUUUCUCAUUUUUCCUGUUUUACUUACGAAAAGACUUUGCGAAUACUACUAUGAACAACCUUACAACGCUGGUUAUAAUUUACUUAUUU